UUUAUAAGGACUCCGCGAAGUAAGGAUGCAUCUAACGGGCCGGUGACGUCAGUCACGUGAUUUGCAUAUCCCUGCGUAUAAAUGCAUUGAUUCUGCGCUUUUCCUCCCACUGCUGCAUCUGCUGGAGAAUAACCCACUUCGACUACCACAAACUCUGACCCUCUGCAAACAUGUCUGACAAGCCAAAUCUCGAGGAGGUGACCAGCUUUGACAAAACCAAGCUGAAGAAAACAGAAACUCAGGAGAAGAAUCCUUUGCCGUCUAAAGAAACCAUCGAACAGGAGAAGCAGGCGGGUUCAUCAUGAAACUCGCCCGGCACACUUCUAUGCACUGUACAUUCCACAUUGCCUUCUUUUUCACGUCUUCUCGCUGUUUAACUUUUAACGGAAAUAUAUGACCUAAGUCGCAUUGUGAUUGGA